CCUACCAUCUAUUGCACCAUGGAAAGUUCAAAAUGUGUUUCCUUUCUUCUUCUUCUUCUUCCUCUUCUUCUUCUUCCAUCUUCAGAUUCAAUAAGCUUUCAAGUACCCAACUUUGCCCCUAGUCCCAAUUACAUUCUCUACCAAGGAGACGCAAUAUCUUUCUCCGAAAAUGUGGAGUUAACCAACAAUGACUUUUGGUAUCGUGUUGGUUGGGCCACAUAUGCAAAUGAAGUCCUGAUGUGGGACUCCAACUCAAGAAAGCUUUCAGACUUUACUUGUCAUUUCUCCUUCAGCAUUGAUGCGCCAAGUCCAAAUGUUAUCAGCGAUGGAAUAGUGUUCUUCCUUGCUCCUGUAGGAUUUCAAAUCCCACCCAACUCUGGUGGUGGCUUCCUUGGCCUAUUCAACACGACAACAUUAUAUUCCUCCUCAAAUAGGAUCGUCUCAGUGGAAUUCGACACUUUCCAAAACCCUCAAUGGGAUCCUGAGGAGGUUCAAAGCCAUGUGGGUAUCAAUAUCAAUUCUCUACGCUCUGUCGUUUACGGUCCUUGGAAUGCAAGUUUCCACUUUAGGGAGACUGCUGAUGUAUUGAUUACUUAUAAUUCUACAACCAAGAAUUUGAGUGUCUCAUGGAGCUAUCAGACCACCAAAACUCCUCAAGAAAAUUCAACCCUUUCUUACCUAGUUGAUUUGAGGGAUGUUUUAAACGAAUGGGUGACUAUCGGCAUUUCAGCUUCCACAGGAGCUUCAAAUGGACGACAUACACUCAAUUCUUGGAAAUUCAAUUCAAGUUUGGAUGCUAAGGAAAUCAAUUCAAGCUUGGGUGCUAAGGAAACCAACAAGAAUUUAUCAAGAAAGAUCAAAAUAGUUGUUGCUAUUGCCGUAUUGGUGAUCGUUCUUCUCCUUGGAACACUUUUAGCAUAUGUGAUUAUGAGGCAAAGGAAAAGGGUAAAUAAAAGGGUAGAGACGACAAAUUUAACAUCUAUCAAUGAUGAUUUUGAGAUGGGCACUAGACCACGAAGGUUUUCGUUCCAAGGUCUUGCCUCUGCUACUAACAAUUUCUCUCAAGAUAGGAAAAUGGGUGAAGGAGGUUUUGGUGCAGUUUAUAGAGGCUAUCUAGCUGAUGUAGACAUGUUGAUUGCUGUAAAAAAAAUUUCUAAAGGAUCAAAACAAGGAAAAAGGGAGUAUGUAACAGAGGUGAAGAUCAUUAGUCAGUUAAGACAUCGAAAUUUGGUGCAGCUUAUUGGUUGGUGUCAUGAAAGGAGUGAGUUCUUGCUUGUUUAUGAGUUCAUGUCGAAUGGUAGUCUUGAUUCUCAUCUCUUUAGCGAAAGGAGUCUUCUUCCUUGGCAUAUAAGGUAUAAAAUAACACUUGGAUUGGCCUCAGCAAUUCUGUAUCUUCAUGAAGAGUGGGAGCAGUGUGUGGUGCAUAGGGAUAUUAAGUCAAGUAAUAUAAUGUUGGAUUCUAGUUUUAAGGUUAAGCUUGGUGACUUUGGGUUGGCUAAGUUGAUGGACCAUGAGUUAGGUCGAAUUACAACAGGGUUGGCAGGUACUUUUGGCUACUUAGCUCCAGAGUACAUAAGUACAAGGAAGGCAAGUAAGGAGUCAGAUGUGUUUAGUUUUGGGGUUGUGAUAUUAGAGAUUGCUACUGGGAGAAAGUCCACGGAUCAAAUGGGGGAGGAGUCUAAUUUGGGGUUGGUGGAGUGGGUUUGGGAUUUGUAUGGGAAAGGAAAGCUUCAUUUUGGUGUUGAUGAGAGAGUCAAGAGGGAUUUUGAUGAGAAACAAGCAGAAUGUUUGAUGAUUGUUGGAAUAUGGUGCUCUCACCCUGAUAGUAGCUUAAGGCCAUCAAUUAGGCUAGCAAUUCAAGUCCUAAACUUUGAGGCAACAAUGCCAAAUCUUCCUGUAAAAAUGCCUGUACCUAUGUAUCGUGUAGCUGCAUCAUCAGUUAACUCUAGAGAACCUUUUAUUUCUUAUUCUAGUAUAGAGGCCAUUUGCCUUUAUCUCGCCGUCGUUUCUGGCCUUUUGGCUCUUGAUUUGUUUGUGGUUUUGAUCGGGUACAGGGGAUCAGACAAUGUCCAAGUUCAUGGAAAUGAAAGCGGGUCAUUGGCUGCCUCCUCAGGGCAGCCGGAAAUUGUGCGCCCUGUGUCACGAGGUCCGGCGACCGGAGUCUCCGAGAAGGCGAACGGCCAUUUUGCCGAUGUUGGGCGCUUGCGGUCAUUUCCUUGGAACAAUAGCAUGCUUUCAUGGCAGAGAACAGCUUUCCAUUUCCAACCGGAGAAGAAUUGGAUGAAUGAUCAUCGUUAUCCAUACAAGGGAGGUCGUCGUGGAUUAGCAACAUGGUAUGGAACAUCUCGACGGCACAAGUAGCCGACAUGGCCGUCAAUUCAUGCUCGUCGAUGAGCUUUCACGCUGCUAUACAGAGCAUCGGUCUCACACGCUUCCCCCAGCCAAGAGUGAGUGGCGCAUUGCUUCGUGGAUCUUCAAAGGUUCCCAGAGCGAAACGGUAGCAUCCAAGGCUUGAUUAAUAGAAUUUGCCUUUUGGACCAUAUAGGAUUUGAAAUCAAAGGUAGGUUUUGUGGGUCUUGCUCUUCUUCCUUGAUGGUAUCUUCCUUGGUAAGGACAGAAGAGAUAAAAGGAACAGAAGAAACAGCAUGGGAUUUUGUUGGAACGCCACCACCGACAUACCGAAUCUUUGAAAGGACCAAAAGUUGAGGAUGUGGGUAUGGGUAUGGAUCUGGAUCUAGUUGCUUGGUUAGAGACGAAGCAGGUCUGAACCCACAAACCCAGAUUCACAGUACUCAU